AUGGCGCAGCCGGAUGACUUGGAGAACGCAGAGAGAGCGUCUGCUGACAGCGCCGCCGUGACCACCGCCGCCUCCACGCCGACACCCACCACGGUCCCAGAGUCCGGCCCCCCAGACCUAGAGGUGGUCUCCGUGACCGAGGAGGAGCUCCCAUCAGUCGAGACCCCAAACACUCUGAACGUCAGCCCUCUGGGGAGCCCCACUGAGAGCCCCACCACAGCAAAAGAGCCCCGUGGAGCGGAGGAGGGCCCCCCAAAGGCCCCGUCCAGCCCCACCAUGCCCGUCACCAAGGUGCAGCCCUUCAUGAACGAAAAUGAGAUGGAAGACAAGACGUGGAAGGGCAGACUGCUGGCCCAUCAGACCGAGCUGCUGAUCGCCGCUGCGGUGCUCGUGGUGCUCCUUCUGGCGUUCGGCAUCGGCCUGGGAGUGGGCCUGAGCUGUGUGGGGAAGAUUCGCUGUAGAAAGUCGUCUCGCUGCAUCAGCAGUUCAGCUCAGUGCGACGGAGAGCUGGACUGUGAUCACGGCGAGGACGAACUCAGCUGUGUGCGUCUGAGUGGGAAGCGUGGCGUUCUCCAGGUGCUCAGUGGAGGCGUGUGGAGGACCAUGUGUUCAGACAACUGGAACAACAACCUGGGGCGCUCCGCCUGCAAGCAGCUGGGAUACCCCAGAUACGUGGAGUCCAGAGCCACGCCCCUCUCCUCCGUGGAGCAGGACUUCCAGAACAAUCUGGUGUCAAUCAACCUGAGCCCUUCUGGACUGCACCUCAUCAAGAUCCACAACAACAGCAACCUCAGUAAGACUCAGUGCACCUCAGGGAAGGUGACCACCAUCAGGUGUCUUGAGUGUGGCACAAGGCCCAAGAAUCCCAACCGCAUUGUCGGGGGCAAUGCCUCAACACUUGGACAGUUCCCCUGGCAGGUCAGCCUGCACUUCAGGAGCAAACACAUGUGUGGUGGCUCCAUCAUCGCCCCCCAAUGGAUCCUCACGGUAGCGCACUGCGUUUACAAGUAUUUGCCCUCCCAGCCUGUCCAGUGGACGGUGCAUGCAGGCAUCGUGCAGCAGACCCUGAGCUCGGCGCAUGCCCAGGCGGUGGAGCAGAUAUUCUACCACGACCAGUACCAGUCGGACGGCGUGGACUACGAUAUCGCCCUGAUGAGGCUGAGCCAACCACUGGCCUUCAACGGCAAUGUGGAGCCCAUCUGUCUGCCUCACUUCGGGGAGGACUUUGAGGAGGGCUCCAUGUGCUGGAUCUCAGGGUGGGGCUCCACUGUGGACGACGGCGAGUCCAGCCUGUCUCUGAACGCAGCCCAGGUCGCCCUCCUCUCCAACAAGGCCUGCAACCGGGCGGAGGUUUACCAAGGCUUCAUCUCCCCUCGCAUGAUCUGCGCAGGCUACCUGGCGGGGGGCACAGACUCCUGCCAGGGAGACAGUGGCGGGCCCCUGGCCUGUGAGGGCCCCUCGGUGUGGAAGCUAGUUGGGGCCACCAGCUGGGGUAUUGGCUGUGCGGAGCCCAACAAGCCUGGGGUGUACACCCGCAUCACGCAGCUGCUCUCCUGGGUGCACCAGCAGAUGGAGAGGGAAGAGGCACGCUCCUCCACUACAGAGAGCAAAGAGCACUGA